UCAAGUGUACAAUAUGCGUUUCGGAGACGAUUACCAACUUGCAUCGACUGAAUUUACACCAUCAGCAACAUGAUCAAACGUUGAAGCGACGUUGUCUCUAUUGUCCAGCUCGAUUUGCUUGUGGACAAGCCGUCAGUAGACAUAUGCGCAAUCUUCAUCAGCAGCAGUACGACCUCGAUGCGGAAAAGAAUAGACGGUUUGUGUGCCAUUUCUGUGCACAAAAGUUUACGAAAAAGUACGAUCUGGAAAAGCACGAAAAGAAAGCUCACGUGGAACAAUCUAGCGACGAGGAAUACAUAAAACGUGAAUUGAUGUGUUACAUCUGCAAAGAUUUCGUAGGCAAAUCACGUGAAGAUCUAAACGUACAUGUUCGAAAGCAUUCGGACUGGCUACCGUAUCGGUGUGGGAAGUGCGAUAAUAAGAUGAUAAACUCGACCCGAGUACUUCGGGAACAUCUUCGUCAGCAUGCAGCAGGUUUGGCCAUCAAAUGUGUUUACUGUGAAAAGCGUUUUGCAACGUUGGCUGACUGUCAGCACCACGAGGAACGCACCCACGCGCAAGAAAAACAUUUGGAUGAACUGCAAGAAGCUAAAAUACAGUCGGAAAUACACGAUACGAAAGUUAUCGUAACUGAUGGACAGAAGCGAUAUCAGUGCCAGAGCUGUGAUCGUUCGUACACGAUGCUGAGCACCCUAAGGCGCCAUCAGAGUGUCCAUUCAGUGGAAAACAAGUUUGAAUGCAAGUAUUGCGGCAAAGUGUUCCACAAGUCAGCUACACUUGCUAUGCAUGAGAAACGGAACCACAAUGAGAAUAGUCCUUACGAUUGCGAUGUUUGCGGUAAACGAUUCAAAGAAACAAGCAAAUUGAUUGAACACCGCCGUACCCAUUCUGGGGAGAAGCCGUUCAUUUGUGAAGUUUGCGGCAAGUGUUUCCGGAUUCGGCAGGUAUUGAAAGAGCAUAAGCUAAGCUGCUUUGGUCCGGAAGCAGUUCAAUCCUGUUACUGUGCGCUCUGUGCACAAACCUUCGAUAGCCUUUCCAUAGCUCUGCAACACGUGAAAGCUUCACACGAGCCGGAUAUACCCGACAAAAAGUGCCGUUAUUGUGAUUUAAUCUUCCGGGAGGCAGAGUCGUUGGUAGAACACGAAUUCCGGCAUUCCCUGCCAGGCAUAAUCACUUGCAAUGUUUGUAAUCGCAUUUUCAAACACCAUAAAAAUCUCAUGCGCCAUGUUAAGAUGCAUGCCGAUCAGCCAGUACCGUAUAUGUGCGAUUUGUGCGGUAAAACCUUUACGCAGAAGGGUUCGCUGACGAUACAUCGUCGAAUACAUACAGGUGAACGUCCUUUCUCGUGUCAGUUGUGCCAGAAGGGAUUCGUCGACAAAAAGGAGAUGCGGCGACACUAUACUUCGCACUUCAAUCCGCAAAGUAAAUUGUAUAUUCCGAAUGCGCACGCUAUAGCAAUGCCACCGGAAGCCGGCCCUACUGGGAAAAAGUAUAAGACGUACAAUUGCAAAGUAUGCAGCCGACAGUUCACAUCCAGCUCCAAUCUUGCGAAGCACCUAACAACACAUACCGGUUAG